UAUAAAAAACAAAUCAACCUGAAAACACAAGAGAGAACACAUCAAGCAGAAAGAGAGAUAGAGUAGAGAACAGAUCAGACAGAGGUUCAAGCGAGGAACAAAGUAAAACAACACAAAGAUGCGGUUGGAGUUUUUAAUCCUUGGGAUGAUUACCUGUUUUAUGAAAGGGGCUCAGUGUGAGGCAACUGAGGUGUUUGCUGAAGCAGGCUCUGAAGCUUUACUACCCUGCAAAUGCAGCCCCUCAUCCACCCUUCCCCGUGCCAUCAUCUGGAGCAAAGCCAACAGUGGAUCGUCCCCCAGCACAAUAUGGAGAAUGGAAAGGAGUGGUAUGCAGUACUGGGGCUCUGGCUGGACACAGAAAGGAAUCCAACGUGCACGAUGCACCAACUCCCAGCUUGAAAUAGGCGACUACAGCCUUCAAAUCAACAGUGUGAGGGAGGAGGACGGAGGAUAUUACACCUGCAGAGUCAGUCCAGGAGACCAAGUCCCCCAAAAUCGGGUCUUGCUCAGAGUUAUAAAAGUGACCAUCUCUCCAUCGGUUGCCAUAUGGGGGGAGGAUGUUUCUAUCACAUGUAACGUGACUCCUUGGCCUAAUGCAGCCAAUGUGAAAUGGACUUUGAACAACAGCCCAUUUGUACAUCAGGCUGAAAUGAACUCCAUCAGACAGUCACCUAAAAAGGUUCUGAGGGAAGAGGCAAAUUCGAGAGUAACUGGAAACUGGACCUGUGUCGUGGACUACAAAGGAAAAGUAGUACAAGCUUCUUCAACUCUGACCGUGAACGGAAUCAUCAACCCAUCCACAGACAGUACUAAACUGUAUUCUGCUGUGGGAUCUGAGGCUAACCUCCCCUGUGUGUUGUCCCCUGGUUUAAACCUCUCCAGCUCAGCUUGGGAGAAACUGAAACCUGGGUCCCUUUUCAAACCUGUUACAGGUCACCUUCCCACUACUUUCUCUCCAUCCUCACCAUCUUCCCAGACGCCCUGGGACAUAUCUGCUAGUUUAAAAGAAGUUAAGUUUGAGGAUGAAGGGAAGUAUAGAUGUUCUGCGACCACUGGAGGACAACAGUUGACUCGAAUUAUGCAGCUCGUCGUUGCAAAAAUUGAAAGCAGCGUUGUGUCAAAGAAAAAAGGGUCAGUGACUCUUACCUGCCAACUGACGGACACCAGCGAUGUCACAGACUAUGAAUGGGUUCAUGUGGUCUAUGGUCUUAACGGCACCCAGUCGUUUGGGUCCAUCAAGAAAGGCAAGACUCUUAUUUUAAACAAGGUGUCUGAGGAGAACUGGGAUGAAUGGGUUUGCCGCUUCUACGGGAAACAGGGCAUCUUGGGAAAUGUAACACAUCACUCUCAACUAACGAGUGGCCUGACUGGAGAAAAAUCAUCAGCUGCUUCACCUAACACCGCUGCCAUAGUCGGUCUCAGCUUGCUCCUGCUGGUUCUGCUGCUGAUUUUGGCCCAAAUGUACAAAAACCACCGAAGGAGGAAAAGGAUCUUUCAGUACCCAGCACUGGAGACGAUCGUUCAUACGGCCUCCAAUCAGCAGGAGGAGAGAGAAAGGAGCCGAGGAAAAAAGUAAAAACACAUUUACGAACUGAAAAGUAGCGCUCAUCAGAAGUGAGAUCUUUCUUUUCACGCUUGCAAUAUGUUAGGAGACUUAAGUUUGCACAGAUUUGUAAAUUCAGCUACUUUAAGAGCAGACAUUGUAGCAGUACCAUUGUUGUUUAAAAGCAUGUAUAUUUUUUGCUUACUAGAGUUGCAAUUGUUUCCAAAUAUAAAACUGAAUGUAAAUAAAAAAAUAAAGAUUAUUUGCAAGAAAUAAA